AUGCCGCAUAAUGCUAAUUUAGUUCUAGAAAUAUGCGGUGGACUUCGUCCCAACUUAGAUACGGAAUUAGCACCAGAACCGCUAAAAGAUUUAAUUAAAAGACCAAAAGCAAGUGAAUUAAAUAAAACUUUGAAUAAUUGGCAGCAUGGAUUUGAUGAAAAAAAGGGUAAUGUUGAAUUUGCUAGGCAACGUAAAAAAAUAAAAAUUAUAGAACAAUGUUACACGAUACUUUUAGAAAGCGGCUAUCACGAAGAAACAGAAGAGGUGCACAAAAUGGUAAAAAAGUUGCUUGCAGCAAAUAACAAACCAGGUUAUCAAAUCUAUCCUCGAGAAGUUUACCAUAGUAAGUUUAUAGAUACUGAAAAAAUUAAUAAACUACUGCAAAGUAGUAAAGAAGAAAACAAGGAACAACUUCGGUAUUUCGAUAACUUUGAUGAUUUAGGUUUAGCUGUUUCUUUUGAAGAACUCGAUAUCAUUGGUAACGAAAAAGAAAAAACUGAACAACAACAAUCUUCCCUCCAAGCCCAAAUCCAGAUUCCUCCUAAGUCUAAUUAA